AUGGCCAUGUCUCUUCCUCUUCUUUGCUUGAUAUCAUUCUUUAGCUUCUUUUUAUUCUCAUCUCAUGCAACAGACACACUUGCAUCUUCAGACAAAUCUGGAGACAACCAAACCCUGGUCUCAUCUGAGUGCAGCGAUGGAGCUAAUUUUUCUAAGAUGACUGGUUCGCUGCCAUCUACGAGUGGUGUUUCCGUUAGUAGUAUUGGUAUUUCUGAUUGCCAAACUUUGUGCAAGACCAAUUGUUCUUGUGCCGGAUUCGCUUCUCUUCAGAAUGAAUCAACAUGUCAACUUUAUUAUGGGAGUAAACAGAAUCUAUUGAAGAUCAUAGAGAAAGGGGCAGGGCUUAUUUACAUCCGUGAUCGUGCUUCAAGUGGUAAUAAGAAGGAUAGUCUCUGGUUAAUUGUGGCGGUUCCUUUGGCUUCCCACUUGGCUUUUGUUUCAAUCUCGUUAUAUUGUUUUGUGCGUUGGAGAAGGUGGCGUAGAGAAGAUCAAGCAAGGAGACGAGAAGAAGGCAUUAUCAAUCCUGAUCAUGAAGGUAGCGGUGCAAUUAACAUGAAUGUAGGCAGACAGAAGGAUCAAGAAUUGCCCUUUUUUGGUAUUUCUACAAUAAAGGCUGCAACAAAUGACUUUGCCAAGGCUAAUAAACUUGGGGAAGGUGGAUUUGGGCCUGUCUAUAAGGGCAAGUUGCUUCCACAAGGACAAGAAAUUGCAGUGAAAAGGCUGUCCAAAAUUUCCAGGCAAGGGUUGAAUGAGUUCAAAAACGAAAUUUCAGUAAUUUGCAGGCUCCAGCACAGGAAUUUGGUUAGGCUUUUGGGAUGUUGCAUUGAAGCAGAAGAAAGUAUACUGAUUUAUGAGUACAUGCCCAACAAAAGCCUGGAUUCUUUCAUUUUCGAUUCAACCAAACGGGUGCUUUUGGAUUGGAGAAAGCGCAUGAACAUUAUCGAAGGGAUUGCUCAAGGUCUUCUGUAUCUUCAUAAAUACUCAAGAUUACGGAUCAUUCACCGCGAUAUGAAGACCAGUAAUAUUCUGUUGGACUGUGACAUGAACCCAAAAAUAUCGGAUUUUGGCAUGGCACGAAUUUUCGGGGAUAAUGACACCAGGGGACAAACAAAUCGGGUUGUUGGUACAUUUGGUUACAUGUCUCCGGAGUACGCUGUGGAUGGUCGUUUUUCUGAAAAGUCGGAUGUAUUCAGCUUUGGAGUUAUGUUAUUUGAGAUCAUAAGUGGCAAGAAGAAUAUAGCCUUCUUUGAGGCUGAUCACUCCCUAAACUUGCUAGGCAUCGCUUGGAAUUUGUGGAAAGAAGGCAAGAGCAUGGAGUUGAUGGACUCAACAUUGAGCAGUUCUUGUUCAAGCAGUGAAGUCACCAGAUGCAUUCAGAUGGGUCUUUUGUGUGUGCAAGAAAAGGCUAUGGACCGACCAACCAUGUCGGAUGUUGUUUCGAUGCUAAGCAAUGAAACAAUGGCUCUGCCUCUUCCUAAAGAACCUGCAUUUUUUAGUCGAUCCAGUGAUGCAGAAUCAUCUUCAAAUAGGAAAAGAUGUCACUCUGGAAAUGACAUAACAAUUUCAGACGUAGAUGGUAGGUAG